AUGGAGUCUGAAGGUACGCAGGCCCAGAGUGGCUCUCUUGCAUCUAAUUUGCAACAAGAGGGCACUCAGGUGGUGAAUACCGAUAGUGUUAAUAUCGUUGAAACCGUAGGUGGCACCACUACUCGAAAGUAUCUCAACGAGCAUAUCACAGAGGCUCUACUGCGAGGAAUGCGUCGGGUAGCGCUAGAGAAGCCUGAAAAUCCGCUUCGGUUUCUUGGAGAGUUCCUUAUUGCAGAGAGCGAUAGACGUUAG